GUUCUUGUCCGAAGAAGAAAAAAGGGAAGAGAAAAUGGGGAUACGGUUGCGACUGUGAGCGCGAGAGAGAGAAGGAAAGAGAGACCGUCCGUGAUUUGCUCAAAUUUCUCCGCUCUCUCUCUCAACCCCCCGACAGCUUCGAUAUUCCGCCAUCAACGCUGGUAUACGACCCACGUGUCCGUCCUCGAUCCUUGCGUGCGACGAGACCACUCCCCCCCUCCUUUUUGUUUUGCUCGCCGUCAAUCCCUGUGCGUGCGUGGGUGCAUCUUUUUGGUGGCAUUUUUGAACUCAAAACUGCAAUCUUUCCUCUUCUCACACACUACCCACCACCCACCCACAUCUUUCCUUCAUCAGGAAAACCAUUUCCCAGAAGGGUAUUAGUGAUUCAUGCUGAGUGGGUACUACAACCGCUGCUUCAAGGCGAUACCCACUACCCGUUCGCGCUGAAUUUCCGUUUUCGGUGGGGGCUUUAGGGCUCUGUUGGAACGGCUCGUUUGAGCAUGUCAUCUUAGUCGCGGCAAGAGGAGUGAAGCUUCUCCCCUUCACUAACCAUAAAAAUGCUUAGCUUCUUGCUAAAGAAAGAUGUGAGGAAGAUUCUGAAACGCAAGGACAGCGAUGUUGGCGAAAAAGGACGAGCUCUGGAAGAUCUGCGAGCCACUUUGUUUAAUGAAUUUCGCUCAUCUGAGGGUGCCAAGCGUCAGCAGCAACGCCUAUGUCGACCAGCUGUUGCUCUAUCAUUCAACUUUGUCGUUGCUGUUAGUAUUAUAUUCACGAAUAAACUGGUGCUUAAGAAUGUUGGAUUCCACUUCCCUAUAUUUCUCACUUUCAUCCACUAUGUAGUAAGCUGGGUAUUAAUGGCUAUUAUGAAUGUUUUCUCGAUCCUGCCUGCAUCCCCUCCUUCAAAGUCAAGCCGUUUAACUUCCUUGCUCACUCUGGGCGUUGUGAUGUCUCUGUCAACUGGCCUUGCUAAUGUUAGCUUGAAGUACAAUAGUGUGGGUUUUUAUCAGAUGUCCAAGAUUGCUGUAACACCAUCAAUAGUUCUGGCUGAAUUCAUUUUCUUCAGCAAAAGAGUAUCUUUCUUAAAGGUGCUUGCACUUACAGUUGUAUCCAUUGGCGUUGCUGUGGCUACCGUUACAGAUUUGCAAUUCGACUUUUUUGGUGCGUGCAUAGCAUUAGCAUGGAUAGUCCCAAGUGCAGUUAACAAAAUUCUGUGGUCCAGGUUGCAACAGCAAGAGAAUUGGACAGCCUUGGCAUUAAUGUGGAAGACAACUCCAAUCACCUUGGUUUUCCUUGUGCUUUUGAUUCCUUGGCUUGAUCCCCCUGGUGCCCUCUCUUUUGCUUGGACCUUCAACAACACAGUAGCCAUUCUCAUGUCAGCUUUUCUCGGAUUCUUGCUUCAGUGGUCCGGUGCUUUGGCACUUGGGGCUACAUCUGCCAUAACACACGUGGUCCUUGGACAGUUCAAGACCUGUGUUAUUCUUCUAGGAAAUUACUAUAUUUUCAGUUCCAAUCCUGGUAGAACGAGUAUUUCAGGGGCAUUUGCAGCGAUCGGUGGCAUGUCCUUUUACACCUAUCUGAAUUUACAGAACCAGAAACAGCAAACCAGCAAAGCAACUUCCCGUCAAGCCUCUUUACCAAAGUCUAAACUGAAGAGAGAAAAUGGCAGUACUCAGGAUGGAAAUUCCGGGCCCGACGCUGUCUAGACUUCUGCUCAGCAGUCACCCUAGGAAGAUUGAUACUCAACAUCUCAGAAGACAAAGAAAACUGCUCUUUCACUGACCCCCACAUUGUUUCGUUCCAUUUAUUUAAUUUCAUAGAGUAUUGCAGGAUAGCUCUCUCAUCCACGGCUGAUUCGUAGAACACACAUGGGUAGCAAGAAAUCUUCCCGAAAGGGAUUGCUUGUUGAAUAGUGAUGCCCUCUUUUGAGCUGAGGUGUGCAUAGUUCAGCAAUAUAGGAAUUUAGUGAAAGAUUCGGACCGUCGCAGUGCUUGUUGGCAUGCUAUAAUUGCUGGUGUCUUUCGAUUUAGAUGGACUUGUGGAGAUGAAUGGAGCGGGACAAAUCGGUAGAGGUAUGAAAUCUAUAAGAAUGGACAGGUUGGAUAGGCAAUGAAUUUGGGCACCUGGAGAGUUUGGUCGGUGGCGUUCAACUUGUCUAGUGUUUGAACAGAGACUGAAUGUAUAGAGAUUCAUAAGACAGCUCGAUAAAGGGCAGUUUUCUUUGCAA